AUGGCGACUUGGUUUCAGAGUUCUCAUCAUCGCAACAACAACAACAAUAACAACAACAAUCACGACGACGACGACGACGACGAUGAUGACUCGGCCACUACUUGGGGACGGCGUGAACGUGUUGAUCGCCAACAACAAUACAACAACAACAACAACAAUGUCAACAAUAACGAUGAUGAUGAUGAUGACGACGCGUCCAAUAUGAUGACGGCAAUGCAACCAAUUCCACAACAAGAGUUUUUGUCGCCUUCUUCUUCUUCUCCGUCUGCAUCGCCUUCUUCUACCAUACUUUCGUCACAAACAAGGCCGCAGAAACAACAACAACAACAACAGGCAGAAACACCUUCCUCCCAACGACUCAACUUUAGUAGUGCCGUGUCGCCCAUGACCCAAACCUUGAAUGUACUUUCGCAAAACAUGGACGAUUUGCGAUACGAUGCCGCCGUCUCCAUGCUACAAUUGGAUCAUGCUGGACCAGACAAAAAGGACAAGAAUAAGGAUACGAAUAAGAACGACGAAAACAAGAAGGAGGAGGAGGAAACGUUGACGGUUCCUCAAAAGGACGACAAGCAACAAUGUGAAAGGAAGAAGGAGAAUCGUCAACCAAACGAGGAUCAGACCUCCUCCAAGUCAUCCUCCAAUUCAUCCUCCAAGCCUUUGGCAACAUCAAAAGAAUCAGUAACGACAACGACAAACAAUCGAAGAAUAAUGAUAAUUGAAAAGUACCGCAGAGACGAUCCGAAUCACCUAUUGUGGAAGGACGACAGCUACUACCAAGAGCACUAUACACGUCAAAACGUCUACAUUGAUGAUUCGGGUGUGCUUGGAAUGCGGAUUCAGAGCAGCAUGUUUGUUGGCAGCAAAGAUGAUAAUGAUGAUGAUGAUGAUGAUGAUGCCCCCAACAGGCAUCUCACUCCUAAUAAUUGCCGCGUCCUCAAGACUUUUGGAUUGGCAUCCAAGCAUGGGAUCCAAGAAGGGGACUGGAUUGCUUGGCCCAUUCAAGAUGCUGAACAAGAUGAGUAUGUCCGAUUGGCACUCUUUGAACAGGUGCAAGAAUGGGCCAAGGAACGGCCAUUUUUUGUCUGCAUUCUUCGUCGCAAACAGGACACACACACCAAAAAGAAGAAGAAGGAGGAGGAUCACUCUACUACUACUACUACUACUACUACUUCUUUUUCUUCUACCCAAGUCGACAAGGCAACGAACAACUCUGGUCGACAAAAUAACAAGGCAAGUGGACAGCAUCAAGGUUCCAAGGAAGAAGAAGCAAAGGGGCAGCAAAAGCGGGAUGCGGAAUGGAUUCGCCGGGAUGACUUUGGUCCCAAUGCCGGCUUGGCAGCAUCCAAGAACAAAUCAUUCAACAGCAACAACAUCAACAACAGUAAUAAUAGCUACAACAAUAGCAACAACAGCAACAACAACAGUAACAACAACAGUAACAACAAAAGAAACAACAAACGUAACAACAGCAACAGUGACAAACCCACGCCACGUUCCAAGAGCAACAAGAAUCAUCAACCAAUGGUGACGCCACUGUCUGGAAACGCAAAUGAAGCGUCUCACAUGCUGCAAUCAAAAGGGUCCAACUCUGCUAGAGACUGUUCGGCUGGCAACAACAUGUCAAUUCAACGGAUAUCCAGUGGGUUGGCGGAUAAGAAGUCGUCGUCCAAGGUUCGAGACAAUACUGUCAAAACGAAAGACUCCACUGCACCGCCACCAAAGGCGUCAAAGAUCACUCCCAUGAAGAGUCAAGACGAAGGCGACUUGAAAAGCAAUGAUACCGUUGUUCCAUAUUGUCUCAAGUGCAACACGCCCAAAGGGUCCAAACCAGCACCUCGGAUGCAUCAUGCGUGGUGUCCACACAAUGACUUUUUUGAAAACUCGGGGGCCAAGCAGAUUUAUCAGCGGAUGCAACAUGGUCGUCGCAUUGGCUGUACGGUUUGCCAGAAAGAGCAAAAGGUGGGCAAGAUUCAAAAGGGCAGACACAAGGAUGCUUGUACCGAAUAUUACAAGAAACUCAAGAAGGCUGCGGAAGCUGACAAUGAUGAUUCGGAGGAUGAUUCCGAGUUGGACCGAAAGCUCAUUUCAUUCAAAAAGAAGUCAUCAAUCUCGGCCUCUCUUUCGUUCUCGUCUUCCAGUGAGGAUGAAAGUGAAGGAAAUGUCAAUGAUGAUGAUGAUGACGUCUCCUGCUAUCGACCACAAAAGAAGAAGCAGAAAAUCCAUACAAUCUCUUUGAUUCCUGCCAACCAACAAGAAGAUUCACGAAACAAGCCAAAGGCGAAAGUAUCAUCUGAUGCGACCAGGGCAAAGAAACGAAAGAAGAAGAACUCAACAACGACAACGUCAGAUGCCAAACGAUCUUCCUCCCAGGUUACCCCCUCCAAGUCGGGGCCAAAGAAACGAAAGAGAAAACCUCAAGCCACCACUAGGACGAAAGUCCAAAAGAAAAAGAAAAGUUGUUCCACCAACGAAAACUCGGUGUCUAGGUCGAAACGAGCUAGCGACGGGACAAUGUCGCCAGGCGACAAGGAGGAGAGUGAGAGGAGUCGCCCACGUCUGGAAGAUCCACCAAAGAACAGCGUGAGCUCGGAAGGAUCAGCAAAGCAAUCUCUCAAGCUUUGUUGGGUACCGUGCGAGGAUGACCCAUGGGGUCCUCCAGGACAUGUGGAUGGUGACAUCGUCCUCUAUGGACCACAGGAAGGUAUUCCGGAUCAAAGCUUUAUGAUUCCAAGCCAGCGAUUCACUUUGAAUCCCUUUGCAGCUUCCUCAUCGUAUCGAAACACUCAUCGUACACCCGAAGAAGGCUACUCCAUGCUAUUGCUCCGCCGGGAACCGUUGGGAAGAAGGCCUUGGGGAAUGAAAGUGAUAUGGGACGAGUUUGGGCAUGCCUGCUUGAUAGACUCUGUUGAUCCGUUGUCACCAGCCUCGGCUGCGACCUAUGCUGGCUGCACGGACAAUGAUGCCACUACAUCUGCUGGGCUUCGAGUGAACGACAUGCUCCUUUCUGUGAAUGGAAAACUUAUUGGAGGCAUGACACAAAGCCAACUGGAAGUGGAACUAGAAAUAAGUGGACAAAAUCUUCUCCUUGUCAUUUCUAGAUACAAACAUGCCAAUCACGUCAAGAAAAAGUUUCUCGAGGUGGAACGACGUAUUCUCCAUGUGAUGGACUCAGCUGCACGAGAUGACAGACUUAUCGGUUGGACUGAAAUCGGCAAUGGAGCUGUGAACUCCCCAGGCUUGGACUACGAAUUGCAAGGGGCCCAAAAGGAGAAUCGGAACCCCGGUGUUGAUGAAGAACGAUUGGCAGCUGGAGCGGAUCGAACGAUGCUUCCAACGACUGGAAAAGAACAAUUGCAAGACUCGUUGAGUGAGUCUGUGACUAGGGAUCCUGUUAGAGCUGUGGAAGAAGUUGGGAAUGUCAGCACACCAAGCUCCGCUGAAGCAGGAGAAAAACCUCCACCAACACCGCGAAUAGAAGAGCCACAGCAGACAUUUGGUGCAAACAUAGCUGCAGACGAAGAUCAACACGCAGGACUCACUGCAACUCUUGAAAAGGGGAUAAAUGCAGACAGUGACGAUGAUAUUCGCACUUUGCAAUUGGGAAAUGGAGAAGAGAUUCAAUGCUCUUCGCCAUGUAUCAGAACUGCGAAAGAUGGCGGCAUUGCUUCGGAACGCCUCACCGAUGAUAACGCGUGUAAUUCCUCCGUAUCUGGUGGAGGUGAAAGCGACUGGGAGAAAGAUGACAAUGCUUGGAGUGGAUGUGUUUGUGGGGCAACUCACGACCAGACUGAAGGACAGAUAUUUUGGAUACAGUGCGACUAUUGUGAUACAUGGUACGACGUUUCAGCGAAAUGUGUCGGAUUCGGCGAGGAAGAAGCCGAAGGUACCGACUGGUCUUGUUGGGGUUGCCCUUCGCCAUCUAACUCGGAUACGCGAAAGGGCGGCAGUGAAAAUCUAGAUUCAACAAAGACGAAGAUUGGACAGCCAAAGGACCAUGGUGCGAAGAAGAAACGAAAAGAGAGACAGCGGCAAAGUCAGCAUCCAGUGGAGAAGCAACGCCGCAACAAAGUCUCGAGCUCUAGGCGGAGGGAUACGAGAAUGGCUCAAGAAGAAGACGAGUCAAUAUGCCCAGAGACACCUGCUGAUGACAGCAUUCCAUCCGAGAUGAUUGGCGAUCGGGCAGAAGUUUAUAAUAUCAGCGAUAUGGUGUAUGUAAAGGCUCACUCGUGGCCAGGCAAAAACUGUCAAGGUGGAAUUGGCAGCAUCAUUGAAGGGCCGUACGAAGAUUCGUCAGGAGAUGCAUGCUACACUGUGAAAUAUGCUGUUGGAUCUACGGAAAAGUUCAUCGAGGCCGAUUACAUUUCUACAUACUCUUUCGGAACAGGUUUGUCACGUGGAAUCAAAGGAAACUCGAUAGUUUCCUUGCCUCUCAUGGCUUCAAUUGAAUCGGUGGAACUCUCCGAUCGUUUCGAUAGAUGGCGAUUCCUCCAACGAUUAUUAGACCUAGAAGUAGACAAUGAUAUUUCUACCGAACUUGUUUUGAAAGUUCUCCAGAAUUCCCUCAAGCGCCUAAAGCCAGAAGACGACGACGAUGACGGAAUGGCUGAAAUUAACCUUGAGCUUCGAGAGAAGAUCGCAAGUGUUGUCGUGGAGUCUGAUGACCCAUUAACGGCUUUGAACUCUAUGGAAUUUCUAGAUGGUCUGCUUCCUAGUAUGGAUGACGACGAAGAUGCGGUGAAAAGUUUAUGGGAUAUUGUAACCGAGAUUCAUGGUCGAGAAAUGAUGAAACUGGACGAAACAGAAGGAACCCCCGAGUGGAAGCUCGCGUGCAUUCAAGCCAGAGUCUUGCUUCAUUUCGAUUUUCUGUCGGAAGGAAUAUAG